AUGCAGGGCAGCACUGUGGAUCACGCAGUCGUAUACUUAGGUGCGAAACUGUUUGAAGAAGGUCAAGCCUACGUGGCUCUUAGUAGAUAUCCAUUUGAGAAGCGGGGGUGGUGCACGCCCUCCGCUCCUAAGUUUCCCGCCAAUAUGUACGCGAGAGUUGUAACAUUGGUGCUAAUUCUCGCCUACAUAGAUUGUAUACAAAGUUUUGAUUCAAGGAAUAUAGUGUUCACAAUAGUGAGCCAGCCAGAGCCUUAUCAUGCCAGUGUCGCCAAGCGACUAAAACAGGACAUCGAGAGCCAAGUGCUGCAACUUGAAAAUCGAUAUCCAAAAACACACAUAACACAUGAAGAUUUCCCUGUAUCCGGUGCAUGGACGAUCCUGCCACUCCUCGCUCCUCUGACGUCACAAUACAGACGUAGUGACGUCAGAUGGGUGCUGUUUGUGGAGCAACAUACAGCAGUGCGCUGUGACAAACUCAUUCAGGCUCUCGCAGCCGCUGAUAAGCAGAAGGACGUCAUGUGGAUAGGCUACCCCCUAAGUGAUGAGGAACCUACCAUCAUCCACCACUUCACCUUCUACGAGGAUCUGGAAGAAGAAGGUGGCUUCGUGUACCCUAACUUCGCUAGCGGAUUCGCUAUGAGGAUAGAACUUAUUGAAAUACUUCUAAAGCAAAUUGAAAGUGGACAGCGUCGUUUGGAGGCAGACUUCUCAAUAGAUCCGGCAUUUGAACUGGCACAGCUGGUGUAUGGAGGAGGCACGGAUCCUGGACCCUUGCUGACACCAGACCUUAGCUUCUGCAUAGUGUCUGGUGAUAAUUGCGCUACGUAUCCAAGGCAGUUUGAUAUAUGUGGCAGUGCCAUACCUGAGGACUCGAUAUUCUUCGCCGUGAAGACUUGGAGCGGCUUCCACAACACCAGGGCAAGGGUCGUUAAGAAGACAUGGGGGAAACAUGUGACUCACUUGGUAUUUUACAGUGAUAAAGAUGAUUCUUCUCUCCCGGCGGUCAGUACGGGGAUACCGAAUAGUAAGACAGGGCACUGUGCCAAAACUAUGGCCAUCUUGAAAAUGGUGCUAAGAAGAGUGAAUAAUAUGCCCCACAUCAAGUGGAUAUUCUUAGCUGAUGAUGAUACCAUACUUGGGGUCCAAAGGCUGUGCGAAGUCCUGAGUUGUUACCGCGGUGGCGAUGACGUGACUGUGCUUGGGGAGCGGUACGGAUACGGGUAUGGGAAGAAAGAAACUGCUGCCAAAGGUUACGACUACAUAACUGGUGGCGGCGGCACGGUGCUGAGCGUGGGCGCGGCGCGCGCGCUGUCGGCGUGCUCGUGCGGCGCCGCGCUGUCUGCGCGCGCUGCGCCCGACGACAUGACACUCGGCGCAUGCGCACACCAUCGUCUCAAUAUCUCCAUCACACAUUCGCCACUAUUUCAUCAGGCUCGACCCCAGGAUUAUGCUCGCGAAGUAUUAACAAGAGACCGUCCAGUUUCCUUCCACCGUCACUCCUCACCAGAACCUACCCGGGUAUAUGCCACCUGGUUCCAACAUGAUGACCUAGCAAUCAGGAAGACCAGGAGAAGAGAUGAGCUCUGA